AGUUUGUAUGCAGCGUUGCUAAUUGUGGUCAAAUCCUUUGUUGUGGCUCUAUGGUUGUAAAACAUAAGUUGACAGAAUUUACUCGAGUGACAAUUGUGUUGCUUUUCAAAAUAUCGACGAGGUAGACUGAAGUAUUAUUCCGUUAAAAAAGUGGCGAUAAAAAGUAACAAAGAAAGUAAGAUACAUUUUGGACGUUGUGAUGUUAAUUUUAUAUAUUAAUGGAGUUAAUAUAUAAGCAAAAACUUUUUACAUAAAUGUUAAAGAAAAAAAAUUGUCUUCAUGAGUCAAUCGUAUACUAAGACGUCGAACACAAAAGCAAAACAAUAUGGAAGUAACUCGAAGCUGAUGGGAGGUCUUUCUAGAGGAGAUAAAGAUGGAGGAAAGAUUACAAGUGUAUUUGCUACCACUGGUUCGUAUCCAGACCAAGCAGAAGAGAUUAGCUAUUCAGACACGAAAGUGAUAGGAAAUGGUUCAUUCGGUGUCGUCUAUCAAGCCAAAAUAGUUGAUUCGACUGAUAUGAUUGCAAUUAAAAAAGUGUUACAAGAUAAAAGAUUUAAAAAUCGCGAACUUCAAAUUAUGCGGAAAUUAGAUCAUUGUAAUAUUGUCAAACUGAAAUAUUUCUUCUAUACAAGUGGUGAAAAGAAAGAUGAAGUUUAUUUAAAUUUGGUGUUAGAAUAUGUCCCAGAAACUGUAUAUCGUGUUGCAAGACAUUACAGCAAGAACAGACAAACCAUACCACUAAUAUAUAUAAAACUCUACAUGUACCAGCUGUUUCGUGCUCUCGCAUACAUACAUUCACUAGGUGUAUGUCAUCGUGAUAUUAAACCACAAAAUCUUCUGCUAGAUCCAGAUACAGCUGUGUUGAAACUUUGUGAUUUCGGAAGUGCGAAAGUUUUGGUUCCUGGCGAGCCGAAUGUGGCAUACAUCUGUUCACGUUAUUAUCGAGCUCCAGAGUUAAUAUUUGGUGCUACAGACUACACAGUUAAUAUUGAUACUUGGUCUGCUGGUUGCGUGCUGGCAGAGUUACUUCUUGGUCAGCCCAUCUUUCCUGGCGAUAGUGGAGUUGAUCAACUAGUUGAAAUAAUUAAAGUUCUUGGUACACCAACGAGAGAACAGAUCAGAGAGAUGAACCAACAUUACACUGAGUUUAGAUUCCCUCAAAUCAAGCCACACCCAUGGUCGAGGGUAUUUCGCACCAGAACACCUGCAGAUGCCAUCUCUCUCACUUCGAAAUUGCUUGAGUAUACUCCUGGUAACAGGCUGUCUCCACUUGAAGCUUGCGCUCAUACUUUUUUUGAUGAACUCCGAGGACCGGGAAUCAAACUUCCAAAUGGAAAAGAUUUACCAAAAUUAUUUAAUUUCUCAGCACAGGAAUUGUCGUCGAAACCUUCGUUACAGGCGACGUUACUACCCGAUCACAUUAAGCAAAACUCAAAUGCGAACAACACGACGGCGUCGACGUCAAAUUCUAGUGCUAACGCAACUAGCGGUUCUAAAGAUAUCCAACCUACACAACAGACGACGAAUGCUGUCGUCACAACACCGGCGUCAUGAUAAUUAAAUACAAAUAAACUAAAUGACGUGUGUUGUGUUGUGUCUAAUCUCCAUGGAGUAAGCUGGUCCUGUUGCGAAAUGACGCACGUUAAUGAUACGUCGACGUUGCUUUUGGUGUUUAAAGAACGCAAAAGGUUGUACAGUUGUUGUUAGUACGAUUUUAAAUUUUACUAAAGUUUAAAUUGAAUAUACAAAUGUGGUUGUCAAAGUUUUAAUCUAUAUCACAAAUGUGCCUGUUUUGAAAUUUCACUGAGGGUUUGAAAGAUCUGGUAUAAAACACUCGUAUUUUUCGUAAAAAGCAUCAGAAAUAUAACCCCCGUAAUAAUACGAUGAGACAUCUAAACGUCUUUUGUUUAACUAUUUCUAGUGAUGUAUAUUGCUAAGUACUAUGUCCAGGUUGAUACACAAGCUUAAAAUAGAGGUCCAUUUUUACGCUACUGAAAUGCUUUACUAUUUGUUUUCAAUGGUUAUGUAUCGUUAAAUUUUUAGAGAAAACGUGUUUUUCUCUCUCUCACACAUGUAUAUAUAUAUAUUUCUUCAUAUACGCGAACCUACCAACCUGUGUCUUCGUCCCCAGUACAUCAUAAUAUUGUUUUUAUACUUCACUGUCACGUGUGUUAUGAACUGGGUACGAGGUAGGGUUAAAAUUGAGAAGACCACGAAAUGUGUGACUGAUCCCUUGAUUUCUGUAAUUUUAAACAAGCCUUUUCUCUGUAUAUACAUAUUGAAUGAAAUAAAACUUUCAAACAAAA